AUCACGGUGAUGGGCACGAAGCAAAGGUGAGCAGAGACGAUCAUGUCUUCCACUUCGACUGGCAGCCUUCCGCCCGGCGCUGGCGGAGGCGGAGGAGGGAUCGGUGGCGGCGGUGGCGGCGGCGUAGGGGGUGUGGGAGUACGGGGCUGGCUGUCGGCCACGUCGGUGUCGUCGUCUGGGAAGAGGAUCAAGAAGGAGAUGCUGGAGCUCAAUGCCGAUCCGCCUGCCGACUGCUCCGCCGGCCCCAAGGGCGACAACCUCUACCACUGGGUCUCCACCAUAAUCGGCCCCCAAGGAACCCCAUAUGAAGAUGGCAUAUUUUUUCUUGACAUUGUCUUUCCAUGUGACUAUCCAUUCAAACCCCCAAAGAAGCUCACAGGAGUGACUAGAGCCAACAGCUGCAGCAGUGGCCCUUUCGUAAGCCUACUGCUGCCAGCAGUGGUGCGGCUUACUGCUUCCUGCAGUGAUGCAACGACCCCUCACAGGUUUAUUGAGACUAGCGGCAGCCCCUCGCAGGUUGUUGUGGCCAGCAACAGCAGUAGCUAAGGGAAGAGAGGACAGUGACUUGAAGAAGACAAGGGUGGGGAGGAGAGAGAAGAAAAUGGAGGAAAUAGAAGUGGGGAAAUAAGGUGAGGGUAUUUCAUUAAAUUGACAGUCUACUGAUAACAUUAGUAUCAAACAAAUAUGCAUGCAUUUAAUAUUUGGUCAGAUAUAAUUUUAUAUAUUGCAAUUUUCCUUUUAAUUGUAGCUUCAUCGUGCCUCAGCUUCUUUACCCUCUUUGUCUUCGUGUUUGUUGUCUUUUCAUGCUGCUCAAAAAAACUGUAAUGUUCUCAUACAAGGGAAAUUGAUGCCAAUCACAACCAAUGUGUGUUGUGCACCACACAUGUUAUACAAAAUUUAUAUAGUAAUAGCCUCAAAACAGCAUUUGAUAUUCCUUCAAAAUUGGUCUCUUCAAUCGUAUUCGAGAUUUCUGUAAAUGCUUCAUUGGCGCAAGAAAUAGAUGUAAUAAACUGCUUGAGAAUCCUGUCACAUAUGCCAUUUUGGUUUUUUGUUUCUGUUAUCUAUGACAAUUUUGGAAUGUUAAAUGGACAGAUAUAUUGCGUUUGAUAUAUCUUAUAUCGAAACCUUUAAAUGGUAUAUAUAUUGCAAAACAGGUAAAUAGUAGAAAAGUUCUAUCGUAAUAUAUCUUGUAGUUUGAUCGAGGUUGGCUGAAACUGCUUGUGAGCCAUUAGAUUGUCCAUUUAUUCUUGACUGUGAUUAUCGUAAGCAUCAGUAAGGCUAGCUAUCUAUCUGAUGAAUC